UUUUUUUUUUCUUUCUUUUUUACUCUUUUCUUUUCUGUUGAAUUAACUUUUUUUUUUUAAGGACGAAUACCCAUUUGUUAGUAUUAGUUGGUAUCCUUCUUAAUGAAGAACAAGAAAACUACCUCCCAGUCCAUAUACCAUGUUACGUCAAUCAGCAAAAACAACUAAACCUGUCAAUCCUUGGGGUCGUAUCGUAUUGGCCGUUAUUGGUAUUCUCUUUGCCAUGGUAGCAGUCUUUGUCCCUGAACAAUCUUGGUUAUCAGUAAUUGAAACUUUACUCAAUAGUCAUUCUGACGAUUGUUUUAGAUAUGCAUUGAUGAUAGACGCUGGUUCCACUGGUUCCCGUAUUCAUGUUUAUCAAUUCCACCAAUGUCAAGGAAGCACUGAACCUUUAAAGUUCCAUGAUGAAAUUCUCUUCAAACAAACUAUCCCUGGACUCUCUGCCUAUUCUCCUGUUGAAGCGGCUCAAUCUCUAGACUCACUCUUGGAUGCUGCCAUGACUCAUGUCCCACCAGCACAACAUAAAACCACUCCUAUCUCUGUCAAGGCAACAGCAGGUUUACGUUUCUUGGGCAAUGAACAAAGUGAAGCUAUUCUAGAUGCGGUAUAUGAACGUUUGGUAACCAAGUAUCCAUUUGUGAUUGUGGGUGGACGAAAGGAAGGUGUGACCAUUAUGGAAGGCCGAGAUGAAGGUGUGUACGCAUGGAUCACUGUCAAUUCUUUACUUGGACGUUUGGGUACCAAUAAUACAGCAGCUAUCUUUGAUCUUGGUGGUGGGUCAACACAAAUUGUAUUUGAACCGGAAAAAUGGAAUAGAGAAUCAUUAGACAACUUACCAGCACUUGAUCACAAAUACGAACUCCAACAUGAUGGUCAUCAUCAUAUACUUUAUCAACACUCUUAUUUGGGCUAUGGUUUGAUGGAAGCAAGGAAAUUGGUGCAUCAACAUGUAUUCUCAUCAUUGGAUGGACAGGCGAUUGAUCUUAAACAUCCUUGUCUUCCUGCUGGCUUAGCAUGGGCGUAUCAACUUGGUGGCGAUCAACAAUCAUUUACAGGGGCUGCUAUACCAGAAGAAUGUAGGGCAGUGAUUGAUCAUGUACUGGAUAAAAAUGCAAUGUGCGAAACAGCACCUUGCUCUUUCAAUGGUGUCCAUCAACCUACUAUCAGUGAUUCAUUCACACAAGGUCCUAUCUAUGUUUUCUCUUACUUUUUUGAUCGAACUCAACCUCUUGGUUUACCUGCUCAAUUCAAACUUCCCGAACUGGCGGCAUUGACAGAAAAGGUAUGCUCUGGCGCUUAUUUGCAAUCUAUCACUGAUGAUGAUCUACGUGGUGAAUUGUUGGAUCGACCUGAAUGGUGUUUAGAUUUGACUUAUAUCUAUCGUCUUUUGUCAUUUGGCUAUGAAAUCCCUGAUCAUCGUGUCAUCAAUGUGGCCAAGAAAAUCGAUGGUGUGGAAACUGGUUGGUGUUUGGGCGCUGCCAUUGCCUUGUUGGAUGAUUUUGUCUCUUCUUAGUUUAGCUUGGUAAUAGACCUUGUAUAUAUAUAUUUAUAUUUUUUUUUUUAUGAUGAUGAUGAUAAAAAAUAAACGUCUCUUUAUUUUUAAAUAAUUUACUAUGUGGAACUUUUUUUAGACAGAUAAUGAGUUUGAUUGGGCCAAGAUAUGAAGACAAAAUG